GUGUUUAAAUGCAUGAGUCGUGCUUUGUUUUGGUCGAUUAUGAUGAUGGCUGCUGUAGUGAAACCUGAAUUAUCGCCAUACUACAGAAAUAGGACCACAGGCUUGGUUGGCCUUGCUGUCUCCCACAAUCCACAUGAGCGUCUUCGGAUUCUGUACACAAAGAUCCUGGGCUCUCUACAAACUAUGCCUCAGGAUGCUGCCUACAGGAAAUACACUGAGCAACUGAUCAACCAGAGGUUCAACCACGUCAAAGCUGAGCUAGACAUAGAAAAUCUUGAGAAAAAAAUCAACUGUGGACAGAUUGAGGAGGUUAUUGCACAGGCUGAGACUGAGCUGGCUUUGUCCAGGAAGAUGACCGAAUGGAAACCGUGGGAACCUCUCGUAGAGGAAGCACCGGCGAACCAGUGGAAAUGGCCCAUCUGAAGUCCUCAUGAUCUUCAUGUACAUAUAUUAUGUUUAUAUUAAAUACUGAAUAAAUAAACACUGUCCAUUUAGGUUGUGCAUU